GCGAACAACCCGGCAGUUUGACUCCGGCGGCGGACGGUAAAAGUGGGGGAAAUGACCGACAGUGACCUCGACCAAACCGUGUUUUAGCGGAUAGGUCUUCACACUUUUUUUAUCAACAGAAUAAAAGUUAUCGGUACCAAGAGCGGAUAAAUAUGUUCUACCAUUUAAGAGCAAUUUCAUAUUAAACUGUAUUGAGCGUGUGCGCAGGGUUGCAUUUUUUCGCAUGAGCCAAUGUCAGCUAUAGUGAUAGCAGCUCGUCUCCUUUAGCUUGGUAUCACGCCUUCUAUCAUACGUAGCCAGUUAGCUGCAACAAUGGAUAAAGCCAAAUCAAUUAUCGAUAAAAACGGGUCGGGAUCGUGUUAUGCCAAUGGACUGCAAAGAGGGUUUCAUUCUCAGGCUAGCAACGGUGGAUGCAAUGCAUACAAUUCAAGUGGAAAUUGUAGUGGCGGUACGAGCAACGUUGAACACUGCCAUUAUCUGCAUACCGAUGACGUCGAAGCCAAUGGGUCCUCCCCUGCGAAAAGAUGCAGGUUACGAAGAAGAGUUGAAUCAGUGAAGAGGAACAGACCGCCCUUCCCCUGGUUCGGGAUGGACAUCGGCGGUACUCUGGUGAAGCUGGUCUACUUUGAGCCUAAGGACAUCACGGCGGAAGAGGAACAGGAAGAGGUAGAAAACCUGAAGAGCAUUCGUCGCUACUUGACCUCCAACACGGCGUACGGGAAGACGGGCGUCAGAGACGUCCACCUGGAACUGAAGAACCUGACCAUGUGUGGCCGGACGGGCAACCUACACUUCAUCCGUUUCCCCACGCAGGCCAUGCACCGCUUCAUCCAGAUGGGCAGCGACAAGAACUUCUCCAGCCUUCACACCACGCUCUGUGCCACUGGUGGAGGGGCUUACAAGUUUGAGAAUGACUUCAGAACGAUGGCUGAUUUAGAGCUGUUAAAGCUGGAUGAGCUUGACUGUCUGAUUCAUGGCCUGCUCUAUGUGGACUCCGUGAGCUUCAACGGCCACCCUCAGUGUUACUACUUGGAGAACCCAUCAGACACCCAGAACAGUGUGAAGACACCGUGCAGUCUGGCUGACCCGUUCCCUAUGCUGCUGGUCAACAUUGGAUCUGGGGUUAGCAUCCUGGCUGUGUACUCCAAAGACGACUACAAACGGGUCACCGGUACCAGUCUUGGUGGGGGUACGUUCCUGGGCCUGUGCUGCUUGCUGACGGGGUGUGAGACGUUUGAAGAGGCCCUGGAUAUGGCUAGCAGAGGGGACAGCAGCAAUGUGGACAAACUGGUGAAGGAUAUCUACGGAGGAGACUAUGAGCGUUUCAGCCUCCAAGGAUCUGCUGUAGCCUCCAGAAAUGCAGGGGUAUUUUCUAAUGGAGCACUGGCACCGAAGAGCUCUGACGAAAAAAGCUUUGGUCACAUGAUGAGCAAAGAGAAACGAGACUCCAUCAGCAAAGACGACCUGGCCCGGGCUAUGCUGGUCACCAUCACCAAUAACAUAGGCUCCAUUGCACGCAUGUGUGCCGUCAACGAGAAAAUCGAGAGAGUUGUGUUUGUUGGGAAUUUCUUACGGAUCAACACCGUUUCAACUAAGCUGCUGGCCUACGCCAUGGACUUCUGGUCCAAGGGACAACUGAAGGCCUUGUUCUUAGAACAUGAGGGCUAUUUUGGAGCAGUUGGGGCAUUACUGGAGCUGUUAAAGUCAUCUGAGGAGCCAUGAAGAGAUGCCCAUGUCGUCUGUAUAGAAGCUGCUGAAAGGAUUUCACGGAAGCCACCACAAGAAACUGGAAAAAACUGGGAAAAGCCAUUUAAUAAUUUAACUCUAAAUAUCCUUUCACUCCCUCCCCUAAAAUCCCCUAUAAUAGAGGUUUUAAUAUAACUAAUGUAAUGUCUCAUGUCAUGAACCCUGGAUGCCAGGUAAAUGCUAAGGAUCACAGAAACGGUGUUCGUUUUUGGCACUGUGUGUAAAUACCUAUUUGUGUAGUUCUAGGGUGCACUAAAGCCAAAACCUGCUGAGAUUUGACUUGUGUUGACAGUCCAGUUACGUCUGAGGUAGAGGAAAAUUAGAGAGGAAAAUUAGCUGAUGUUCUGCCCAGCUAUGUACAAAAAAGAAAAUGUCAGACAGGGGGAAAGGGUUUAGUUUCAUUCGUAUCAAAUGAAGGGACCAAGAGGCUGUUUCAUCAUCAUGGGCUGGCCCUUUAAUUAAGCGUGUCACACCAAGGGUCCACUCUCCGUUCACUUGUGCCACACCCGUCAUCAUAGCUUUAUUAUCAGAGCAUGGUUAACAGUGAUGGGGUGUUUUUAAAAACCCAUUGGUUACACAACCUCCUCAAACUCUCGUUUUAGUGAUGGGGUUCUGUGAUCUGCUAGUAUGUCGGUCACUUUUGCAAGAUAUGUCAUGAUCUUGGUACUUUGGUUGUUUUCCAAAGAUGCUGCACUACAGAGCUGAAUGAUGAGUCUGCCUUUCCUCACUAAGAAAGUGCCUCAUCCUCUCCUAACCCUGGCCCAUGAUGACACCCACUCUACAGCCAGUCAUGCUGUAGAAUUGCCUUGUGUUUGAAUUGCCUAGUAAGGACUUUUUGGUGUUUUUAUCUAUUGUAGUUGUAAGAAAGGUACAUAACUACUGCCAGCAGUUAGUCUAUAUAGGGAUUUAAGAGAUUUGUCUUCCUGUGUCUGUGGGAGUUCCUCACCCAGUGCGAAGGGUCCAUUACCUGCAGUUUGGACAGGAAAUCUCUCUUUUGGUCCCCAAAGUAAUUCCCAUAGCUGCUAUUAGUUUUCUUGUUCUAGUCAUCAGUUAAAACUAUUCAAUGUGAAUGUGCUUGUAACUAAAAGAUUGAAGGACCACCACAAGAUAUGUAUUACCUGUUGGCCUAGGUAUUUCAAACAGAAGCAUUAACACUGUAGUCCGGGUUUGGCAGGGGGUAGGCCGUCAUUGUAAAUAGGAAUUUGUUCUUAACUGACUUGCCUAGUUAAAUAAAAUAAAUAAAUAAAAAAUUAACUGAGCAACAAGUAGUCAAAAGAAACAUAAAUGUAUUUCAUCCAUCAACUUCUAAAUUGCUUUGUUAGAAUAAUACUGUUGCAUCCAAUGUCUCAACCUUUGGCAUUAUGACAUCACAGAAUGUUCUGUUCUGUCGACCUUUUCGUUCCUUCGCUCCAUGUUGGUUAAUUGCCUCAUCCUGUCAGGUGCCACUCUGUUGUUAAACGGGGUAGCAGUUCACUUACUGGCUACUCGGUGCCAUCCUCUUCUCAACUCAACCCUAUGUGUUGCCUUUGUGUUGUUUUUAGUGGAAAUAAACUGAACAAAAAUAUAUAAACGCAACAUCCAGGCUGUAUCACAAUUGGCCCAGCGUUGUCAGGGUUUGGCCGGUGUAGGCCGCCAUUGUACAUAACAAUUUGUCCUUAACUGACUUGCCUAGUUAAAUAAAGGUUAAAUUAUAAAUAUAAUAAUAAUUAGUGUUGAGCUAAUUAGUGUUGAGCUAAUUUCAUUUAUUUCAUGAGCUAAAAUAAAAGAUCCUAGAAAUGUUCCGUACGCACAAAAGGAUUACUUCUCUCAAAUUUUGAACAAAUUUCUGAUUUACACAUGUAAAUCUGUUAGUGAGCAUUUCUCCUUUUGCCAAGGUAAUCCAUCCACUUGACAGAUGUGGCAUAUCAAGAAGCUGAUUAAACAGGAUGAUCAUUACACAAGUACACCUUGUGCUGGGGACAAUAAACCGCCACUCUAAAAUGUGCAGUUUUAUCACACAACACAAUGCCACAGAUGUCUCAAGUUUUGAGGGAGCUUGCAAUUGGUAUGCCAACUGCAAGACUGUCCACCAGAGCUGUUUCCAGAUAAUUGAAUGUUCAUUUCUCUACCAUAAGCUGCCUCCAAUGUCGUUGUAGAGAAUUUGGCAGUACGUCCGACUGGCCUCUCAACGUGUAUGACGUUGUGUGGGCGAUGAGUUUGCUGACAUCAACGUUGUGAACAGAGUGCCCCAUGGUGGCAGUGGAGUUAUGGUAUGGCCAGGUAUAAGCUACAGACAACGAAUACAUUUGCAUUUUAUCAAUGGCAAUUUGAAUGCACAGAGAUAUCGUGACGAGAUCCUGAAGCCCAUUGUCGUGCCAUUUAUCUGCCGCCAUCACGUCAUGUUUCAGCAUAAUGCACGGUCCCAUGUCACAAGGAUCUGUACACAAUUCCUGGAAGCUGAAAAUGUCCCAGUUCUUCCAUGUACUGCAUACUCACCAGACCUGUCACCCAUUGAUCAUGUUUGGGAUGCUCUGGAUCGACAUGUACGACAGUGUGUUCCAGUUCCCGGCAAUAUCCAACAACUUUUCAUGGCCAUUGAAGAGGAAUGGGACAACAUUCGGUGGUCACACCAGAUACUGACUGGUUUUCUGAUCCACGCCCCUACCCGUUUUCUUUUAAAGACCAACAGAUCCAUAUCUGUAUUCCCAGUCAUGCGAAAUCCAUAGAUUAGGGCCUAAUGAUUUUAUUUCAAUUGACUGAUUUCCUUAUGAACUGUAGCUCAGUAAAAUGUUAGAAAUUUGUUGCAUGUUGCAUUUAUAUUUUUGUUCAGUGUACAUGUGUGUGCCAUACAUUUUCUUCAUUGUGAAGGCUCCAGUUAGGCCUAUUUUAAUAUCAGAGCCCCACUGCAGCCAGCUGCCACAUGAAGUUCAGCCAGGUCAGUACAUUUCAGUCAUCAGCAUGGGUACUCUGACUUUUUUUUAUUUUCACAAAAAAUCACAAGAAUCAAUUUCUUUUUGUAUUAUUUCAAUUCUUUUGAAAAAAAAAUUUAAACGUUUAUUUUUGUGGUUCUAUGUAUUAUUUGUUCUAUAGCCAGUCUGCUCUGAGAGUUAUUCCAAGUACCCCCUGUUCCCAAACUUUGCAUGUAUGUUCUUAUGAUUGGAUUAGACCUUACAUUAGCCCCUGGUACUAGUCUGGAUCAUUGGCUAAACCUUGGAUUACCAUUUCGUUAUUUAUUACCCCCAACAGCUUUUCAAAUGUAUUUUAAAAGUAUGUCCCAAUUUUACAUGUGUGUAUCACAACUACUGAUAAGAUGAAAUGAAGUGAUGAAACACCUCAAGUCUCUAAACCAAGGGUGUCAAACUCAUUCCACGGAGGGCCUAAUGUCUUCUGGUUUUUCCUUUUAAAUGUUGACCUAGACAACCCAGGUGAAGGGAGGAGCGAAAACCCCACAGACACUCAGCCCUCUGUGGAAUGAGUUUGACACAUGCUCUAAACAAUGUCCUGGAAAGAUGUCUGGAACUGAAGUCCCUGUGCUGUGAGAAGGCAGUAUUAGGAAAUUACGUUUAUCUUUGCUUCCAAAGCUCUAAUUUGUUGAGUCUAGUUUAAAUAUAAAGUAUUUUUCCUUUUUCAGUGGUCCAUAUGUUAAAUCCAUGUAUUAGUCACACCUGAAGGCCACCAACGGGACGGCCCUUCAAGUUAGUGUUUUGGUAUGUUAGUCUGGAUCAAUACAAAGCUCCUCUUCCUCAGUGCUUACACACUGUGUUUGCGUCUCGUGAAUUGAGCCAUCAAACCUGUGUUAUGUAAGAGCUCUGUUUGUACAGUAUUGUGUACAGAGAUAUUGCUUGCCACAGCACAAGGACAGCAAUUACUUCAUGCCCAUACUAAAGCGCUAUUGAGUGAUUGGCAUUAAAGCAGAAGUCUUAGAGUUUUCCCUUACCAGCUCAUUACAGUGUUGUUAAUGAACAGGAGUUUGAUCUCUGAUAACAGAGAACAUGCUAUGCAGUAGCUUCGGUGUUGACCUCUUUAGGUAUAAUGUCCUAGCAAUGCUGCAAACUCUGCCAAUAACCCAAAAUGAGUAAGUGGUUGUUCAAAGCUGUUUUGUAUUGUUAAGAAUUAUGCAAAAUUUGCUCUGAGAAUCCGGUUUUAUCUUGAGUGAGUUUCUUCUGCUCGAGUCCUGCUGAAUUUGAAGGAAAAAAAACAGACUUUUAUUCUGGAAGGUUUUAGAGGAUGGACCUUCUAUCAUUGAUCUGAAUGUACACGGAGACCUAUAAAUAUAUCCACCAGCAAUCUCUGCUAAUGAAAUGUCUAACCUGAUGGUUAUUUACGGUGUGUAAGGCUGCGUUUAUACAGGCAGCCCAAUUCUGAUCUUUUGCCCAAUUAUUGGCAAAAGAGCUGAUCUGAUUGGUCAAAAGACCAAUUUAGUGGAAAAAGAUCAGAAUUGGGCUGCCUGUGUAAAUGCAGGCUUAGUGCUUAACUCUCUUGCUUAAGAAAAAUGACAGGAAAAGGAACACAAAAUAUUCUGUGUGCAAUGUGUACGUACUGAAAUUGACAUUUUGUUUGUAAAAGGAAUAAAAUUGUACAGCUAUA